CGGCAGUUAACUGUUACCGCGGCAUUUUUCUUGAAAGGAAGGAGACGUGGGCUGCUUUGAUUGAGUGUAUGAUAAAAGUUGAGCUGCUGUUAUUGACCUUUCAGUUGUUAAAUUCUCCAUGAAAGCCUUUUAAUUUCUCUGAAUUAUGGAUAUUCUUGGCCAUAUAUUUAGGGAGUGAUUGAUAACCAAUUUGGGGCUGUUAUUGGACAAACAACGGAGGAAUAGAUGAUUCUCUGAUCAGCUUGGCCUUUGAAUUUGUGGCAAUGUUUCUUUACGAUAAGCCACCGCCUAUAUCCAUUCUAUUUUGAAAGAGUUGUUGAUAGCAAAAAAAAUUUUGAAGGUGUUACAGAACUGAGGGCUGCAAGUUGAAGAAAUGUGGCCCCUUAUUUAUUUGUCUGAUUUAGGGUUCUUGCUAGUUCUGUAAUUAAGUCGAAUACUGGGCCCCAACCAUAUUUCAUGCUCUGAGAUAUUUCCGUCUCGCUCUUUGGUAUUUAUUGGUGGCACAGGAAAGGAACAGGCAGAAGAAGAUGGGGUUAGCAUCACUUGUCAUCGACUCACUAUGCUCUCCAAUAAAUAUCACAAAACCUAUGCGCUGUCACGGCCGCUUCCUCUCAACCUUCACAUCUCCUCUUCUCAGCCCAUUUUCAAAAAAGUGCAAUCGGAAUCUUCAAAAAUCUGUUCAAGACUUUGCAGGCCAAAAAAUAGCAUGUAGCUUAAUGAAGAUUGAAAAUGAUCCAAAUGAUGAAGUAUGUGAAUUAGUCAACGGAGUGGAGGUUUCACUUGGGGAGUUGGAAGAUAGUAUCCAUGCUUAUCUCUUCAAGGCAGUCAAAAACAAUAAUGGAACUGGCAUAUUGCUUCUCUCAGAUAUUUUUGGCUCUGAGGAUUCUUUCACAAGAGAUUUUGCAUAUCGAAUUGCUUGCAAUGGCUUCAACAUCCUAGUUCCAGACUUAUUUCAUGGAAACCCAUGGUCAAAGGAUCGGCCGAGGGCUAUGUUCAAAGAGUGGAUUGCUGCACAAAGCCGUGAGAGAAUCCUCAAAGACAUAUGGAGGUGGACAAAAUGGAUGGUUGAUGAAUUCAUGGCUGCAGGAAUCUCAAAGAAACUUGGCAUUGUGGGAUUCUGCGUCGGAGGAGGCCGAGUGUUAGAGGUGCUAGCACAGGACACUGGUGCUUGUUUUGGCGCAGGAGUCUCCUUUUAUGGCACAACGAUGGAAUCCCUUGAUGUUUCUGAUAUAAAAGUUCCUGUUUUGUUUAUUUUAGGGGACAAUGACCCACUUUGUGCUGUGAGUGCUGUCCAGAAUAUUAACAAGAAAAUUGAUGGAGGCUCUAAAGUAGUGAUAUUCCAAGGUAGAGGUGAUGGAUUUGCCCACAGGCCUGGAUCUCCUGAAGAAGAUGCUGAUGCUGAGAAAGCCUUCAUGAUUAUGAGAGAGUGGUUGAAUGAUAAUUUGGUUGUGUAAAUGAAAUGAUUUAGAUUCUGUAAUAGCAUAUUCCCAACAUUAGUUUCUUAACAUGUACAAGGAUGCUUGAGAUUGUAGUUUUUCACCUACUGUUGUAAAUAGCGGUGUUUGAAGAGCUAAUUCCUGAAUUAGUAUAUUAUCACUUAA